AUGGCCACAACAACAAAUCAAAUCAAACGCCCAGCACUUGGUGGUGGUGCCAAAAAACGAUCCACUGGCUCUCGACCUGAAUUAACUGAAGAACAAAAAACAGAGAUUCGUGAAGCUUUUGAUCUAUUCGAUGCUGAUGGCUCAGGAACAAUUGAUGUUAAAGAACUUAAAGUAGCCAUGCGAGCACUAGGUUUCGAACCAAAAAAAGAAGAAAUCAAAAAGAUGAUAUCUGAUAUUCAAAAAGAGAAUGCUGGUACAAUUGACUUUAAUGAUUUUCUACAAUUAAUGUCACAAAAAAUGGCUGAAAAAGACUCAAAAGAAGAAAUACUCAAAGCAUUUCGACUUUUCGAUGAUGAUAAUACAGGAAAAAUUUCAUUCAAAAAUCUAAAGCGAGUUGCAAAAGAAUUAGGUGAAAAUUUAACUGAUGAAGAAUUACAAGAAAUGAUUGAUGAAGCAGAUCGUGAUGGUGAUGGUGAAAUAAACGAACAAGAAUUUUUACGAAUCAUGAAAAAAACAUCAUUAUAUUAA